AUGACCCCCGCUCCGGCCUCCAGCCCCCCGCCCCCCACCCCGGCCUCCCAGGUCCCGGCCUCCUGCACCGGCCUCCCUCCUCGGCCUCCUGCACCGGCUUCCCGCCUAGGCCUCCGAGGUCCCGGCCUCCGAGGUCCCGACCUCCGAGGUCCCCCGGCCUCCGAGGUCCCGGCCUCCGAGGUUCCCCGGCCUCCGAGGUUCCCCGGCCUCCGAGGUUCCCCGGCCUCCGAGGUUCCCCGGCCUCCGAGGUGCAGAGUAAAGAAACCUUUUAAGGCGGGAACCAUAGAUGCUCCCAACUUUGAGGCGGGAACCAUAGAUGCUCCCAACUUUGAGGCGGGAACCAUAGAUGCUCCCAACUUUGAGGCGGGAACCAUAGAUGCUCCCAACUUUGAGGCGGGAACCAUAGAUGCUCCCAACUUUGAGGCGGGAACCAUAGAUGCUCCCAACUUUGAGGCGGGAACCAUAGAUGCUCCCAACUUUGAGGCGGGAACCAUAGAUGCUCCCAACUUUGAGGCGGGAACCAUAGAUGCUCCCAACUUUGAGGCGGGAACCAUAGAUGCUCCCAACUUUGAGGCGGGAACCAUAGAUGCUCCCAACUUUGAGGCGGGAACCAUAGAUGCUCCCAACUUUGAGGCGGGAACCAUAGAUGCUCCCAACUUUGAGGCGGGAACCAUAGAUGCUCCCAACUUUGAAGGAACAUUUUCUUACACCCCCCCCCCCCAGUAA